AUAAGCAGCUAUAAGACAUGUUAGUGAUCAGAGCAGAUGAUCACUUCAGACAUCAAAGACAGAAGAGCAUCAUCAGAUCUACACUGAAGACAGCAUGAAGACUCUCAGCUUCACAGUGGGACUCCUGCUGCUCACUGUUUACUACUGCACUGCCAUGCCUCAUGGAGUGAAUGAAAUAGCACCUGGACCGUGCUGCUUUAAAUUCUUUACAGGAAGGAUACCGCAGCCACAAAUUGUCUACGUCAUCAAGACUCACAACAGAUGUCAAGAAAAGGGAUUUGUGAUCAGUACUGCCAGAGGGAACGAGAUCUGCGUGAGCCAGAAUCUGAACUGGGCACAGAGAGCUUUCGAGCUACAGCAAGUCAACAAGGGCUAAUCAUCAAACUUCUCCAGCUACUCAGCCUUCAGACAUGACAAAGCUCUGUCUGAUGUUAACAAUCUGUGCUUGAUAGCAUCGUUUUAUAAUAUUAAAAACAUCUUUUUCCAAGAGGCUUUGCACUGUAUACUUUCAUGCAGCUAUUAACUAUUUUAAUGAUUAAUCCCAUGCACCCUUGUUUUGCUUUAUUCUUAAUAAUUCAAUUUUCAUUUUACAAAAUGUAUUGACAUGCAUUCAUGAAACAAAAAGAAAAAAUAAAUAUGUAUAAUUA